UUUUUGCAGAUGCACAUAAAGCAAUAAUGAUGUGAUAAAGUGAUAGACCUUGAGUAUUGUUGGACUCUUUAAGAUGACAGCCUACAAGUUUACAUCACACAGGCAGCUGAGAGAUGCUAUCAACAGUGUAGAGAAAGUUCAAAAACAAAAUAUAGAUGAGUAUUCUUGGGGUCAUCUCAAUGAAAAGAAUUUAUUUCGACCUCCCAUGCACCUAACACAGGGUGGUGGGAGAAUAUGGAAAUCUUCAAAGAAAAAGAAAUCAGUGGUUAAAGAUUCAGACUUAGUUCCAGGGUUACCAACACCAAGGCAAAAGCAAAACAAAGAAAAGGGAAAAGAAAUGAAAGAUGUUCUGUAUGAAUUUAGUCUUGGAACUAUGGCCAGUGUUCCUAUGCCAUCGCCAAAUAGAAUAGAAACACCUAGACGUGAAAAGAUAAACAGUUUCCGAAAAGAAACCACUGAUGUGAGCAGAGCUUCAGAAGAUAGCCAGAAGUUAAGAAUUGAUUCUGGAAAGUCUAUCUACUCUCAACUGGAUGAUGGUAUUCUAGUUGAGGAGCUAGGAAAUCAGGAACUUAUGGUCAAAUCACCUCGUGUGCAACAAAGCUAUUUUCCUCCUGCAAGGUCAAGGCCAUUUGAUUCUGAUUAUGACAUUAUGGCAGAUCUAACACAAACAUUAGAUGCUGAAGGUUAUCUUGUACAGAAACAUUCUUUUUUACCAUCAUUUACAAGUGGUGUAACAAAAUCAGACCAGUUUAAUAAACUAAGACAAUUUGAGGAUACAGUAUUAAGGAAACAGGACUGUAGAGAAAGGAAAGUAUUGUCAGGGGUUAAGGCAGUGGAGCACCUAGAAAAGAGACUUGAAGAGGACCUGGAAGUGAUGAAUCUUGGAGGUAUAGGACCAAACUUUCACAAGUUACAGGUGUUCAGUAAUAACUUUGAGGACCUUAUUGAUGAAACACCAACAUUUGGCUAUAUGUUAAAAUGCAUAAAGUCGGAGUAUGAUAACUACAUCACCAAGUUAUUAGACAGUCAGACACCUCAACAUAGUCGUCUGUUACGUGAUCAGGUACAACAGAUGUCUGCCCGCGGAACCUCUAGACCACAGGAACUCGGGGAGGCGAAGAAAAAAGUGGAAAAUUUUGAAGAAGAGGCUAAAGAGCUCUUGGAAAAAAAUCAAAAAUUAAGGCAGCAAGUAAAAGAGGAGGAAGAAUGGUUGGCCAAUGUUCCAGAACCAGAGCCACCAUCACUACCAGUGGUCAGUAUGUUUGUGGAUGAUUCUCCAGUAGAACUGGCUGAGGAGCUCGAGCACGGUAAAGCUCUGAUUCUAGAAAAACUAGACGCCCUGAAUGACCUUCGUAGAAAGCUGAGAAAGGAAUAUGUUCCACUGACGGUGUGCACUCAUCUAGAACAGUGUAUUAAAGAGACAGAGAUUGAGGUACAGAAGUUGUUGAAACAGAAUGAAUAUUUUGAGCGUAGUAACAAUGAGAUGGAGACAGAACUAAAAGAUUCAAUACAAGAUGCUGAUACUAGUGAGAGAGAUGCUAGACGUAUAUGGAAGAAGGUGAACUCUCUACGAGGAUUGCCUCGUGUCAACUUGACAAGAGAAGAAGGAGCGGUGGAGGAUAGUGAUGACGAAGAGGAUGAUGAGACAAAGUGGAACUGGUACAUCUCAUAAACAUCACCAUUAUUGUUAGUACAUCACCUUAAUGUGAACAGUGUACUGUCAGUAUAUUAGUAAAUAAUGUAAACUGGUUCAUAUUGUGAACUUUAAUAUUACUGCUGCUGUUGUUGGCAUAAUAAUUGUUAUACUAUGGAAGUGUUGUGAUAUAUAAAUAAUGAUCAGUGACAUUAUCUUGUUAAACUCUUGUUCUAAUUAUUAUGGUUAAACUGUUGUUCUAAUUAUUAUGGUUAAAAUCUUGUUCUAAUUAUUGUGGUUAAAAUUAUCUACUGCUGAACUCUAUCUGUGAUAAUGUAUGGAUUUUAUAUAGACUUUUAGUUGCUAGAAUAGUUCCAAAUACUUUCAGGUAUUUUCAGUUGUUUUAUAUAUAAAAAAAGAUAAAUUGUAAUAAGUCACAUUUGAACACUUCUUAAAGUUUAUUUCUUUCUUAUUGUACAAGACAGCAAAAAAAGAUAAUUACCAUUACAUGCUGAUAAAAUUGAACAAAUAAAGUGUAAUAUGAUACUACUGUGUGAACAAUUCAGACCUUUUGAAGUGCAAAUAACUAACUGUAUUUAAAAAGCUUAUUUUGUAUAUAUUUUUGAUAUAUUUUGUCAAUGUUAAGACCUAUACAUGGCUACAAGAGUUUUACUGACCAUGGAGUACGAUUGUUAGAUGUUUGUGUUAUGUAUACAAUAUUUCAUUUAAUAAAAAGCUAGUACACG